AAGCAAUCCGUGUUGUUUCUCCUUUGUGUGCUCCAUUAAAACAGUACCUCCUUUGUGUGAAGGAAUGGGAGAGUCCUUCCUCGAGGAAAACAAGCCUGGCCUCGCCAUGAUGUUGGCGCAGUGCAUCUACGCCGUCAUGGCUCUCUCAGCCAAGGCUGCCUUCACCGAGGGCAUGAACCCCAUGGUCUUUGUUGUCUAUAGGCAGGCCAUGGCCACUCUCGUCGUGGCACCCACAACCAUUCUAGCAAGACGGGGGAAUUUGAGUCAGAUGAGCUUGGGCUUUAGAGCCUUUUGUUUGGUGUUUGUUGCUUCUCUUGUUGGUGCCACCCUCAACCAGUACUGCUAUUAUCAAGGGCUGAAGUUGGCAUCUUCAUCAAUAGCCACGGCUAUGACCAAUCUAAACCCCGCACUUACGUUUGUGAUGGCAGCCUCUAUUGGUUUAGAGAAGGUAAAAUUACGGAGCUUUAGAAGCAUGGCCAAGGUACUUGGGACUGUUAUCUGCGUUGGAGGAGCGAUGUCCAUGGCAUUUUUCAAAGGUCCAAGGCUUCUGAAUGUUGGAUAUCAGAAUUCUGGUCAAACAUGGGUGAUUGGCGGCCUCCUUCUCAUCGGAAGCAGUUUUUGCUGGUCAUUUUGGCUUAUCUUGCAGGUGCCAAUUUGUAAGUCAUAUCUUGACCCAUUAUCACUAUCAGCUUGGAUGUGCCUUUUAUCGACCUUCCAAUCAGCUAUUCUCACAUUUUACUUGGAACCAAACCUGAGUGCUUGGAAGAUUCGUUCAAUCUUCGAGCUUUUGUGUUGUUUAUUUGCAGGAAUUUUUGGAUCGGGUGUCACCUUUUAUCUCCAAUCUUGGUGCAUAUCAGUAAGGGGGCCUCUCUAUUCUGCAAUGUUUAAUCCACUCUGCGCCAUCAUUACUUCCAUUUUGGCUUUCAUAAUCCUUAACGAGAGACUCCAUAUUGGAAGCUUGAUAGGUGCUGUUGCAGUUGUGGGUGGCUUGUAUAUAGUGUUAUGGGGUAAAGCCAAGGAUUUCGACACCAAGCGCAAGCCAGAUAUCAAAGAUGAUUCUUCAAAGAUAACAAUAUCUACUGAUGCACGAUACAACAAUUAUGAAGUAGAUGUCAAAGAACCUCUAUUGGGUGAAAAACCAGAUGAUCUGGAAAGUCAGACUGAAAAGGAUCGUACAUCCAUGUUCUCUUUUUUUGCCUUCAAGGAAGAAAAUACUUGUGCUCGAAGCUGAUUGCAUACUUGCAUGGAACAUACAGGGUGAGCACUCUGAUGCAAGGUGUAGCAUCCAAAAGAAAAUAUGACAAUGAGGUAGACGAGGAAAAUGGUGGUGU